AUGCUGCGACAGUCAUUGCACUUGAUCGUUGCCAUCAACGCCGUCUUGGCUGCGACAAGCUCUGAGGACAUCGAGGGCCCGUUGCGCCGACUUCGUGGCUUGCCGUCCGAGAGCAACGCGACUGAAGAAGCCGCCGACGCUGUCGCAGGCGACGAGACAGCGAUCGCCACAUCCGAGUCCCACGUUGGCGACUCGGCCACACCGGUGGAGGCAUCGAACAGCACCGCCACCGCCGUCAGCACCGACGAGGAGACUCCGGAGUCGCCAAAGGCAGAAACCCCCGACAUUGUGCAGAUUUACGUGCCGGAUCCAGCCGACAUCAUCGAAGACAGUGGCGACGACGGUGUGGGGGAGACGAUCAGCAAAAUCAACGAGACAUUGAAGCAGGAUCAGAGAGAGCAGGAAGAAGGUGGCACUUGCUGCUUCAGUGGAGAGAAUUCGAAAGACACCUGUGGCACCUGCUAUCCGAUGUCCAUCGCAUCUUACAAGAGCAAGUGCUCCAAAAAGAUCAACUGCCUCGGCGAGUGCAAGGGGACCUGGUGUGAAUCCAAAUGCGUUAUGGGUGCCGCUGAUCCAAGCAACAUGUGCGGCACAGCAUUCCCCAAAGGCAUUGCCGUCAGUGACAGCUACUGCGCUACGUCCAAAGACGCCUGCAGCAGUUGCAAGGGAGAAUGGUGCCGAGCAGGCUAUGCAUCCAAUUUCAAAGUUGAAGAGGACAGUUAUGGUCGUGAGGAGAACGUGUACGUGGCACCGGACGACACCAACGGCUUUUGCUGUUAUCGUGGAGAGAGUGGUGCAGAUGGCAUGUGCGGCGACUGCGCAGAUGUUGCACAGGAUUCCACAUGCUCCGAAAAGGCCCGCUGCGGAGGCUGUGGCGGGACGUGGUGCCCUGGGCCCAGAUGCGUCAAAGCCUUCAAGGACAAAGUAGAUCCUUGCGGAAGUGCCUUUCCCGUUUCGGGCAUUGCUGCACCAGAUGAUUACUGUGCCCUCAAUGAGAAACAGUGCACGAGCUGCAAGGGUGCCUGGUGCCCAAUCCCCAACAUCACGUACUCCGACGGCACCAAGUACGACCCGAACGAAGUGUGGCGUGCCCAUGGAGAUCAGCGAUUAACACCGGAGAAUGAGACAGAAACUGCCGAAGCCGAGGCGGAGGUUGAAAAUGACGACAGCAUCUCGGACCUCUUUCCGGGCGGGCUUGCUGACCACAGCUUGCCGUGA